GCUCUAGGGCCAUCUCUACCUCUGAUUCAUUCAAUCCGGAGAUGUCUCCUUGUUCAGGAAGCAGAGAAGGGUUCUUUCUGGAUCCCUUUGAGGGGCGGACGACACAGGGAGGAGGUUUCCUCAGAUUCUACCACAAGAGGGCUCUGGCUAUUGCAUGGAGAGGAGGCUACCCCUAUGUCUGUCUGCUAAGGAUACUGGGGUUGGACUUCCUGGGUCAGACUCUGCUGCUGCCGCCUCCAUUGUGAGCCAGGAGCCCGCGCUGAUCAGCUGCCGCUAGCCGGAGGGGUGUGUGCGGGGAGAGCCCUUCCCUAGCGCCCCUCUGUGCCCAGCCGGGGGCGACUUUCUCCGGCGGCUGGACCAGCCCGUGGGGCAGCCCCGGGCUCUGCCGACACCAGCCCCUGAGCCGGAGCCUGCAGGAUUGAAGUGGUGCCAGGCGUCCUGCUACCUCUUGCGCUGGGGUGAAUUUUAUCCGGAGCAUUGGCCAUAAUAUUCUGCUGGAAUCUGCUGGGUGCUGUACACACAUACUGUCCCUGCCUUGAAAAGCCUCCUCAUCCAAUCAAAAAAUAGAAGCAACAACAUGUGACUUGUGUGCUUUAAGAGAUGACAGCGCUGUGAGUGAGCACAAGGAGGUGAAUAUUUCUCCACAGGCCCCAGGGGUCAAGUGCAAGUAGCAACCUGAAAUGUCACCCAAAAAAUCCAAGGGGAAUGUGGCCAAGACCCUGGAGAAGAAGAAGCCCAAGAACAAGCGUAAGUCAGAGAAGCCAAAGCGCAGCCCCCCCGAGGAGGAGACCCUGGUUUACCAGCCGCUGCCCAAGGGUGACAGGCCCAACCUGUGCUCCGAGUGUGGGAAGAGCUUCCUGCACAGCUCGGAUCUGGUGAACCACCAGCGCAUCCACACGGGUGAUAAGCCUUUCAUCUGCACUGAUUGCGGCAAGAGCUUUCGGCAGAGCUCCACACUUAUCACCCACCAGCGCAUCCACACCGGCGAGACCCCCUACGAGUGCAGCUACUGCGGGAAGAGCUUCCGCGUCAGCUCCAACUUCGUGCGGCACCAGCGCAUCCACACGGGCGAGAAGCCCUACAAGUGCCCUAUCUGUGGGAAGAGCUUCACAGACAAGUCAACCCUGACCCAGCACCAGCGCACCCACACCGGCGAGAAGCCCUACAAAUGCGCUGACUGUGGGAAGAGCUUCAGCCGCAGCUCCCACCGCAAGCGGCACCUGCGGAACCCGCCUGCCAAAGGCCGGAGCAAGUGCUCCCACCGGAGCGGGGAGGCCGCCGUGGCCAAGGCCAAGGAGAUCAAGGUCAAAAAGCGGACGCCGACCAUCGAGAUUCCCAACACGUGCACUGAGUGCUGGCAGAGCUUCAGCCAGAACUCGGACCUGGUCAAACACAUGCGGAUCCACACAGGAGAGAAACCCUUCAAAUGCACUCACUGCGGGAAGCGCUUCAGCGUCAGCUCCAACCUGACCCGGCACCAGCGCAUCCACACUGGGGAGAAACCCUACAAGUGUCCCGACUGCGGGAAGAGCUUCACCGACAAAUCCACCCUGACCCAGCACCAGCGCAUCCAUACGGGCGAGAAGCCCUACAUCUGCAUCUACUGUGGGAAGAGCUUCAGCCGCAGCUCCCACCAUAAGAGACACGAGAGAACCCACUCCGGCGAGAACCCUGACACCUUCCUGCCCUUGUGGCACUACCCCAGUCAGAACUUCUAGAGUUGCUGACCCCUCUGACAGGGCCUCCAGAGACAGGGGUGGGGUGGGGAGGGGCAGGCUGUAUGAUUGGCUGGGUUAUGGGGACAGGAGAGUGUCAGGGGGACAGCUGGCUCAUAGGAUAACUGAUUGGUGAGGACCCUGGGGACAUGGAAAUUUAGUGACUUAAGAAAGAGGUGUGUGUGUGCAUCUGUGAUUGUGUGUGUUGUGUGUAUGUGCUUCAUGUGUGCUUUAUAGAAUCAUAACAAUGUAGGGUUAGAAGGGAUCUCAAGAGGCCAUCUAGUAUAUCUCCCUGUGCUGAGGCCUAGACCAUCCCUGACAGGUGUUUGUCUGACCUCUUCUUUAAAACCUCCAGUGAUGGGAACUCCACAGUCUCUUAGUAACCUCUUCCAGCGCUGAACUAGUCUUAUAGUUACAAAGUUUUUCCUGAUAUCUGACCUAAAUCUCCAUUGCUGCAAACAGCCUAUUCUUAUCCCACCAGCAGUGGGCAUGGAGAACAAUGGAUGGCCUUCCUCUUUAAAACAGCCAUUAAAAUAUUUGAAGACUGUUAUCAGGUCCCCCCUUGGUCUACUGAUCUCUGGGUUAAACGUGCCAGUUCUAGCAACCUAUCUUCACAGGUCAAGUUUCUAAGUCUCUUACCACUUUUUGCUCUCCUCUCGACUCUCUCCAAUCUGAUCCCCUCUUUUUCAAAGUGUGGUACCCAAAACUAGACACAGUAUUCCAACUGAGGCCUCACCAGUGCUGAAUAGAGCAGAACAAACACCCCAUGUGUCUUUCGUAUGAUGCUCCUGUUAAUAUGUCCCAGAGUGAAAUUUCCCUUUUUUUCAACUGCAUCACGUUGAAUCUUAUUCAAUUUGUGAUCCAGCAUGAGCCCCAGAUCCUUUCUUGCUGUAUGGUUGCCUAGACAGUUAUUCCUCAUUUUGUCUUUGUGCAUUUCAUUUUUUUAUUUCCUAAGUGUAGUUCUUGAAUUUCAUCUUAUUGA